CGUCUCGGUAGGAGAACGGCAGAAGAUUUCGUUGCAGGUUCGCGCGUGGGUCCGGGGAAGGACGCCCCCCCCCCCGCCUUCCUUUAUGCAUCUUUCCCGUUAAAUGUGGGUCCGGAUCAAGCGCCAUGCCUCUGGAAGUACUGAGUGGGUCCCUUAGGGUGGUAAAAAAUUCUCUGCCCAACCACCUACAGAAAGUCGAUCUCGAGCAUUUGCAGCUGGGGCGCGAUUAUGCGAACCAAUACAUCCAGGGAUCAUUUGUUACGUCCUAUCAAUUGAUUAAUCUUGGAAAUGGGACACCUUUCUUCAAGAUAGUACUUCAAGAAUCAGAAAACUCAUCUUCCAGGAAUAGCAGCAUCUAUAUUUUAAUAUUUGGGAAACUGGCAGAAGAUUGUGCCAAAGUUGUCCAACAAGGGGAUAUCAUCAUGGUGGCUGGAUUCAACUUGACAAAGUCCACUAAUGAUCCCAGUAGGCAUGGGUGUCAGGUGGAAGUGUCUGAAGAAGCCGGCUCAACAAUCUAUGUUUGUACUGGAUCAUCACGAAAUGCAACUGGGGCAGAAACAGCAUCCAUGAAAGUUGCUCCCAAAUACACAUACACUCCUCUGAAUCACCUUAAAAAUGGAAGUGUUGUCAACCUGUAUGGGGCUGUGAAAUUCUUCAAGCCUCCAUAUUUAAGCAAAGGAACUGAUUAUUGUUCAGUGGUGACCAUUGUAGAUCAGUCCAAUGUGAAGUUGGUGUGUUCAUUUUUUAAGGCAGUCAAAGAUGCCCUUCCACAGAUCUACAGAAUUGGGGAUAUUGUUCGAUUUCACAGAAUAAAGAUCAGAGAAUUUAAUCGCCAGAUGCAAGGGAUUUCAGGCCCUGGAUUUAGUUCACUUACAUUUGAUGGUAACGUUGGAACUCCAGUGAUUCCCCGAACAUCAUCUAAAACAUUUUCAUUUACGGAUGAAGACAGAAAAACCGUAGAAGACUUGCGUAUUUGGGUGGCAAGUAAUCUUUUCAGUCUGCCUCCCAUGAAAAAAUUGUGUGACAUCCAACCACCAAUGUUCUUUGAAUUUACCGGCAAAUUAAUAGGAAAAGCUAAAGUGGAUGGAUCUUCCUAUCUUCUCAAGGUAUGGGAUGGCACAAAAUGCCCUUUCCCAUCUUGGAAUGUCCUUGUUAAAGAAGAAGACCUAGAGGGAGAUGAAAGUCUUCUCCGUCGAUUAAAAUACCUAACUGUGGAUGUUGUAGCUUAUGAUAAUCAUGUGCAUGUGGCAAAACUAUUGAAGAUUGGACAGUUCAUUUCAAUGUACAACGUGCAUGUGAAGACCCACAGUUCUGAAAACGGGCGUGAUGUCAUGCAGUUUCUUCUUCAUGGAGGCACCGGGCAUGGCCGUGGGAUUGCUGUCCUUCCCGAAAACCACCCAGAUAUCAUAGAACUAAAGUCAUUUCUGGACACUAUCGACUUGGCCUUAAGUGACGAUUCCGAAAGAGCUUCUCCGGAACCUGAAAAUUCUUAUACUUCAUUAGGAUCCUGUGUAGAAAGAUGUCAGCAGUUGUCUGUUACAGUAUUAACCGAUCACCAGCACUUUGAUUCAACUACACUGAAUACUAUCAGAAUGAGCAACAUUCCUCAGAACUAUCGCAUCAGAGCUAGGCUGGUUAAAUUUGAACCCGAGAAGCUCUAUCAGUCUGUAAAACUUCAUUGCCCUCAGUGCAAUUCAUUGCAAGAAAUCCCAGAUGGGACUGAACUUGAUUCAGUUUUACGAGAAGCUUCAGCGACGUGUUCAGAUUCAAACUUGCAAAGCCCCUCGUUCUGCAAUUCUAUUGUGUGGCGGACUGAAAAUCAGGGGCAGCGGCAGGUAGCUGUUCAUUUUGUGACACACAAAGAACUACUUCAAGACCCAGAGGACACUUUAGUUUUCCUAGAAGGAGGGACUCUGAAUGAAAUCUUGACCUUCACUUGCAAAUUUAAAGGAAUUAUACCAGUGACCGCCAAAGAAGACUCUCUUGUGCUAUUGGAUCUUUCAGUUCCAUAUUUUUGGGAAGGAAACAUGCAGUAUUAUGGGUGCAAGCACUGUUCCAAACCUAAGGCUAUGGAAAGUCUGGGUUGUCUUGCUUCAAAGCAAAAUCCAUCUUGGGAACACACUUCUAUAGCACAAGAGUUAGGAAUUGUACCUCUCGAGUACGUCUUCGUGAUGAAGUUUACAUUGGAUGAUGGAACAGGAACAUUGGAUGUAUAUCUCCUGGACAGUAAAAAAUUCUUCCAAAUUCCAGCUUCUAAAGUCUUAAUCAAUACUAUAUAUCAAGAGAAUAUGGAGAGCAUUAUGAGUAGACUUUGCCCUACAGGCAGAACCCUAGAUGACUUCCCGUGGCUUGAAUGUUUCAUCAAAUCUUACUAUGUCCGAGAUGGAACAGAAAACCGACUUUGCUAUCAAAUUUUUGAUACUACAGUUGCUGAAGAUAUCUGAGAUCUAACUGCUGAGAAGAUUCAAAGGUUAUAAUUUUUAAACCUUCCUUUGAGCAAAUAAGCGGCAUAGCUGUUUUUAAUAAUGUACUUUUCUAUCAUGUGCGUAAAUAAAGAACUUACCUGAGAGUAUAA